GGGACUCGGGCACCGGCAGCGGCCGCGCAUCGCCCAGCUCCCGCAGCACCUCCCGGCCCGGCCCGGCCCGGCCGCACCGCCCCCCGCAUGGAGCCGGGGCUGUGACCGCGCGGCCGGGGGGCUGCGCCUCUGCCCUGCCUGCCGGGGCCGGAUCGCGCCGGGACAGGGCCGGCCCGCACGCUUGGAGGCCCUGGGAGUUUGGAAGAGAAGAGCGAGUGAGCCCCAGCUUGCGAGCGGGCCAUCCCCAGCGGAGUCCCCAUGGAGUUGUGGAGCCCAGUUGCCAACCAAUAGCAGGAAAACUGGGAUGUUUACCUGGAGGUCCCUCAUCUUUUGGGCUGUGCUGGUCACAGCCACGCUGUCCACCGCACGGCCAGCACCGACUCUGCCAGACCAAGUUCUGCCCAAAGCGAAAAUUGACGUGGAGUCGUAUUCGGCUCACCCAGGCGACCUCCUCCAGUUGCGUUGCCGGCUGCGGGAUGACGUCCAGAGCAUCAACUGGGUGCGCAACGGAGUCCAGCUGUUGGAGAGCAACCGCACACGCAUCACCGGGGAGGAGGUAGAGGUCAGGGACGCUGUGCCCGAGGACUCUGGGCUCUAUGCCUGCAUGACCAACAGCCCCUCGGGGAGUGAGACCACCUACUUCUCCGUUAAUGUCUCAGAUGCCCUUCCAUCGGCGGAGGAUGAUGAUGACGACGAUGACUCCUCCUCCGAGGAGAAGGAGGCCGACAACACCAAGGAGAACCACGCUGUGGCUCCAUACUGGACAUACCCUGAGAAGAUGGAGAAGAAACUUCAUGCAGUCCCAGCUGCCAAGACGGUGAAGUUCAGGUGCCCGUCAGGUGGGACACCCAACCCCACGCUGCGCUGGCUGAAGAACGGCAAGGAGUUCAAGCCUGACCACCGCAUCGGCGGAUAUAAGGUUCGGUAUGCCACCUGGAGCAUCAUCAUGGACUCAGUGGUGCCGUCCGAUAAAGGCAACUACACCUGCAUCGUGGAGAACAGAUAUGGCAGCAUCAACCACACCUACCAGCUCGACGUAGUGGAGAGGUCCCCUCACCGACCCAUCCUCCAAGCCGGGCUCCCUGCAAACAAGACAGUGGCUCUGGGCAGCAAUGUGGAGUUUGUGUGCAAGGUUUACAGUGACCCCCAGCCCCACAUUCAGUGGCUGAAGCACAUCGAGGUCAAUGGCAGCAAGAUUGGGCCUGAUAACCUGCCCUAUGUCCAGAUCCUGAAGCACUCGGGAAUUAAUAGCUCUGAUGCGGAGGUGCUGACCCUGUAUAAUGUGACAGAGGCCGAGAGCGGGGAGUAUGUUUGUAAGGUUUCCAAUUAUAUUGGCGAGGCUAACCAGUCUGCGUGGCUCACUGUCACCAGACCCAUGGCAAAAGCCAUGGAAGAAAAGCCAGCCUUGAUGACCUCACCCGUGUACCUGGAGAUCAUCAUUUACUGCACAGGGGCCUUCCUUAUCUCCUGUAUGGUGGUGACUGUCAUCAUCUACAAGAUGAAGAGCACCACCAAGAAGACCGACUUCAACAGCCAGCUGGCCGUGCACAAGCUGGCCAAGAGCAUCCCACUGCGCAGACAGGUAACAGUGUCUGCAGACUCCAGCUCCUCCAUGAACUCGGGCGUGAUGCUUGUCCGGCCCUCGCGGCUCUCCUCCAGCGGGACCCCCAUGCUGGCAGGCGUUUCUGAAUACGAACUGCCCGAAGACCCUCGCUGGGAGCUGCCUAGGGACAGGCUGAUCCUGGGGAAGCCGCUGGGGGAAGGCUGCUUCGGGCAGGUGGUUCUGGCUGAAGCCAUUGGCCUGGACAAGGACAAGCCAAACCGAGUGACUAAAGUGGCAGUGAAGAUGCUCAAGUCGGAUGCCACGGAGAAGGAUCUCUCGGACCUCAUCUCAGAGAUGGAGAUGAUGAAGAUGAUCGGCAAGCACAAGAACAUCAUCAACCUCCUGGGAGCCUGCACGCAGGAUGGUGAGCGCUGCACGCGUCCGCUGUACGUGAUUGUGGAGUACGCGUCCAAAGGCAACCUGCGGGAGUACCUGCAGGCACGGCGGCCCCCCGGCAUGGAGUACUGCUACAACCCCUCUCGCAUCCCCGAGGAGCAGCUCUCCUUCAAGGACCUGGUAUCCUGUGCCUACCAGGUCGCCAGGGGGAUGGAGUACCUGGCUUCCAAAAAGUGCAUUCACAGGGACCUGGCUGCCAGGAAUGUCCUGGUGACAGAAGACAAUGUGAUGAAGAUUGCAGACUUCGGGCUGGCCCGGGACAUCCACCACAUUGAUUACUACAAGAAAACAACUAACGGUCGCCUGCCAGUAAAGUGGAUGGCUCCAGAGGCCUUGUUCGACAGAAUAUACACCCAUCAGAGCGACGUGUGGUCCUUUGGGGUGCUGCUGUGGGAGAUCUUUACGCUCGGCGGCUCGCCAUACCCUGGGGUGCCUGUCGAGGAGCUCUUCAAGCUGUUGAAAGAAGGCCAUCGGAUGGACAAGCCCAGCAACUGCACCAACGAAUUGUACAUGAUGAUGCGAGAUUGCUGGCACGCUGUCCCAUCCCAGAGACCCACCUUUAAGCAGCUGGUAGAGGACUUGGAUAGGAUCGUGGCCAUGACCUCCAACCAGGAGUACUUGGAUCUCUCCAUGCCGCUGGAUCAGUAUUCUCCCAGUUUCCCAGACACCCGCAGCUCCACGUGCUCCUCGGGAGAGGACUCUGUUUUUUCUCAUGAUCCUCUUCCAGAUGAACCUUGUCUUCCCAAGUACCCACCUCAGCACGCCAACGGGGGACUGAAACGACGCUGAGGCUGGGACUCGCCAACAACAGACUGCAAACUCUGUGUCUGUAUGUGCAGGGUUUUUGGUUGUAGCCGUGUUGGUCUAAGGACCUAGGCAGGCAAAGAAGCUUGCCUGCCUGUGUGUGUAUGUGUGCACGCGCGCAUCUCCGCCACCCAGGCUGCUGGCGGGAUUGCUGUCUGCACAGCCAUCAGUCAUGUUUAGCUAUUGCAUAAAAGGAUUUCCAAGAUCCAACCGUAGCAUCUCAUAUAGCCAAAACCACCACCACCUCGUGCCAGCUUCUCCAGCCGCCUUAGUUGUGAACGCUCCUGACGGUUUGUCUUUAAUUCCUUUCCACAAAAUCUAUGCUUGAAUAUUUCCAGUGGAUUAAACGUGAAUCCAGUUCUUUGGCCAGUGCCCGGUGAGAGAACCAGUUCAGGCUCCUGCACCUGGAGCCAGUUGAUGAUGUGCAUUCCCUUCUCUGAAAAGGAUCCUGCGGACAUGAACUUCCCGAGGAGGCCAGGAAAAGCUGGGCUGUUCCUGUUUUAUUCUUUCAACACAGUACGAUUUUAACUGAAACAGCUUGAUAAGCUACAGACAUAACUAAGCAGUGGAUUUCUGCGGCAGCUCGGCCUCCAGCGAGGAAGUGCUAACUAGGAAGUCUUAAUGCUUUGGGACCAUCGCUCUCUUGGGUGGUUCGGGAGCCCAGGCUGUGUGGAUACUGCUAUAUGAGAUGGUUUUAAGGCUGGUGCCAAUGGCUUAUUAAUUCCAAUUCUAAUUUGCUUUGCUGACCAAACACAUGGUACCUUGGAAGUGGCCAGAUACAACAUAUACACCUGCUCAGCACUGAUACUAGAAGAAGCAGCCAAACAUACCAGUGCUAAAAACAACAAAAAAAUCUUGUGUACAUAGCUAAAAAUAUGUAUAAAUAUGAAUAUAUAUUUACAUGUCUUUUUAAAAGGGUUGUUGCCAGAGAUAUACCAGUUUGGUAGAAAGGUACUAGUGGCUGGUAGAUAUCUGUUGCUAUAAAAAAAAAAAAGUUCAUAUAUUUUGCUACUUUUGCUGUUUUUAUUUUUUUAAAUUAUGUUCUAAACCUAUUUCAGUUUAGGUCCCUCCAUAAGAAUUGCUGCUGCUGCUUCAGUUUUAUAUGGGGUUGUAUUAAACAAUAAUAUUAAUAAUAAUAAUAAUAAUGUGUUGAUGCCUUUUGGGAAUACGUUGUCAUUAUAUCAAUGGCCUUUCCCUCCUCUCGUUCACCUCCCCUUCUUGUCAGGUCUUCUGUUGGCCUCUGCCCUGGCGCUGGGUCCUGGAGCAGAGGGCCUCGUGCAGUCAUUGAAGUUGGGCAGAGCUUGUGACGCACCCGCUUUGCCACAAAUGUGUAAUAGCAACAGGCUAGAGAGCGCCUGUCUUCUGUAUUUUAAAAAUAGGGGGUUUAGCAUACGGUCCAUGGUGGGGUCGGGACUUUUUGUCUGUGCGGGGGGGAGAAAAGCACCUUUCCCAGCCUUCACCAUGGGCAUUGGCUCCUCGCAGGGAAGAAUGAAUAAUUUGCACCCCAUCCUGCAGUGAGAAAUGGCUUGUCCAGAGCUGUGGGGCCACUUUUGGGCUUCUGGAAAUGGCCGGGAGCUCUGAUCCAGCACACAGGUUACUGGAGCAUUUCUGACCCUGCUGCCAACUGUGCAUUCAGUCUGUACCCGUGCCUGCUUCCAGCGUGUCCCAUCCCUGCCGCUGGGCCAGCUCUGCUUCCUGCCACGUGUUCCCAGUGCCACUCUCGUUCCAGGAGGCAGAGGGAUGUGUGGAUGAGCGACCCUCCACCUCUCCCCUGCCCCAGCCAGUGCAACGCUUUCCCCAAAACAAUCCUCGAGUGCCUUACACGCACCUGGUCCUUCCAGCAGCAAGACCCCAUACUGCGGGGGCAUACAUGUUUCCUUCCCAGUGGGAAGGUGAGAUGAGAGCUCCCUUUGGAGGUACAGUCUGGGACACGCUUCUCCCAGGCUCUGCUGGAAAUAUCCCGUGACAUUACCUUCCCACCCGUCCCCACCCCUCCUUGUCUUUGAACACUAUUUGUCCAAUGGCACUUUUGGUUCUAUAGAAACCCCAGCCCUGCCUUUUAUCGGAAACACCAGAUGUGCGCAGGAAUGUUCCCGGGAUCUUUUUGUUAGCAUAGAAACAACCCAGAGCCCUGUAGCUUGGGCUGUGGCAGGGAAGAGUGCAUUCUUCUACAUGAGGCCACAGCCCACUUUUUGGCCUCUCCUUGUGCCAGACCCUGCAGUGCUCUGAACGCCGUGUUACCAGCCUUCAGUAAACUCCCCCUCCGUGCUGUUGGCUUUGAAGGCUACGUCCAGAUCCCCCAACGGAGCAGUUCCUCUGCAGGGAAGGGGCCUUCAUGCCUGGUUUUCACCAAGCCCUUCCCUCCAAGUCACUGGCUGUUAAACUCCAGAGCCAGGACACUGUUACUUGAAAAGUUUAUUUUGCCUUUGUAUGGAGAAAUAUUAUUGUUUUAAACUCUUCUGUAAUGAAUCUGGAAUUCUUGUAAUGAUUAAAGACUUAAACCAAGA